GCUCUGCUCUCUCCUCGACCUCUCGCCCUCCUGCCCCAGUCGUCCUUCACUCUGCCCGCCCGGCGCUGGCUUCGAAUCUGCGCCCAUUGGCCGGGCCCUCAGCGGGCGGGUCCUCGACAGCCCUGGCGGAUUGGCUGAAGCGUCCUUCCGAAACGUCGCUCCCGCCUCUUUCUCCACUCCGCCCCCGCUGUGCGGGAGGGCGCAUCGGAAGGGUUGCUGCCGGUCCCUCACACCGUCGCCAUGGACCGCCGGUCUUCGGUUGCCGAUUGCCUCCGGGACUGGGAGGAGCUGCAGGACGGCUUCCAGCUCGUGCAGGAAACUCAAAAGCAAUACAAACAGAAGCUGGAAGAGCUGACAAAGCUCCAAAGCAACAUCUCCAGCUCCAUUUCACGACAGAAAAAGCAACUAAAGGAGCUCUCUCUGGCUCUUAAGAAGUACAAGUCUCUUCCUGACAAGGAGCAGGAUGAGGAUGCUCUCGAAGAACUGCAAAACAUGAUCAAAGAGAGACAGGAUGUCUUUUUUGAAAUGGAAGCAUACUUGCCAAAGAAGAAUGGGUUGUACCUGAAUCUGGUGCUGGGAAAUGUGAACGUCACUCUACUGAGCAAACAAGCCAAGUUUGCAUAUAAGGAUGAGUACGAGAAGUUCAAGCUUUAUCUCACCAUCAUUUUGCUCAUCAUCUCCUUCACCUGCCGCUUCCUUCUUAACUCCAGGGUAACUGAUGCUGUCUUCAAUUUUCUCCUGGUCUGGUAUUACUGCACACUGACAAUUCGAGAGAGCAUCUUGAUCAACAAUGGUUCUAAGAUUAAAGGCUGGUGGGUGCUUCAUCACUACAUUUCCACCUUCCUCUCAGGUGUCAUGCUGACUUGGCCAGAUGGCCUUAUGUACCAGAAGUUCAGAAACCAGUUCCUCACAUUCUCCAUGUAUCAGAGCUUUGUCCAGUUUCUUCAAUAUUAUUACCAGAGUGGUUGCCUGUACCGGCUGAGAGCUCUGGGUGAACGACACACCAUGGAUCUCACUGUGGAAGGUUUCCAGUCCUGGAUGUGGAGAGGCCUCACUUUCCUGCUUCCGUUCCUCUUCUUCGGCCAAUUCUGGCAACUGUUCAAUGCUGUCACACUCUUCCAACUAGCCAGCCAUCCAGAAUGCAAAGAAUGGCAGGUCCUGAUGUGCGCCUUUCCCUUCCUCACGCUCUUUACUGGCAACUUCUUCACCACAUUACGAGUUGUUCACCAGAAAUUCCAGAAUAAGACCAAGAAGGAAUGAGCCUUCAAGUGCCUCUCCCCCUUCCUGGUUAUCACUGUUGGAAGGAGUGCUACUACUCUGCUGACUGAAGGAUCCACAGCACGCUGGGUGUUCUUCUCCUCCUCCUCCUGCCUCCCUGUGAUUCUCUUGCAUACAGAUGUCAAUGAAACCACGUCUGAAUAGUGCUUCUGCCACUAGUGUGGGGCCUUGAAGCCUUCCUGCUGCCAAAAGGAACUCUGGACUUAAUCAGGUGUGAGAUUCAAGGAUUAGGGUAAAGUACUGUAUGAGGAACUCAAGUGACUCUUGGAUACAACUCCCAGCUGACACCUGCAUGGUUUUUGUACCCUUCCUCCAAAGCACGGGGCUGUCUGCCCAAACUGAGUCACAGGAAAAGGAAGGGAGCAGGUUCAACCUAGACCAUCUAAUGUUUAUUACUGAGGACAUUAAUUGUAUUAUUGGAAGCAGAUUAUAUGGGCAAAGAGUGUUCUCACUCUUUCUGCUGAGUUGAUUCUUUCCUCCCUAUCUCCAGAAAUGUUCCCCUAUCCUAGAUUUCUUUCUUAUUAUGAGCAGAGGGGACAGUUUCUCAGCUACACCUUAAUACAGAGCCUGCUUUCCCUCCUCUGUGUAUAUUUUAUGACAUCUGACAUGAUUACUUUCAGCCACCUCGUCGCAAUUCUCCUCCUGGAGUUGCCUUCUCAGCCCUUGAGGGGCCAAAGACCUAGCGCUUCUACCCUGUGCUCUUUGUUUGGAACAUGGAUUCACAAGCACCUAGGAUGCAUCCUGUCAGAGAAGCUGAAAAUAACCUUUAUUUGAUAAUAGUUGGCUGAGCAAGCAGCAGCAGCAGCGAUGGCACCUGGCCUCCUCCAAUCUCCGUCCAUAACUGGAAGAAGCUGGCCUACAUCUGAACAUGCAUUGUUGUCUUUAAAUAUGUAUUCUUGUCAUAUUUAAGGGGGGGGAGCUGGAAAAUAAAGAACGUAGAAAAGCCUGGGUCCCUGGCACUUCUAGGCAAGGGAAAUAGUACCAAGUUAAGGAUAUAAAAUUCUGGAAUCUCAAGAAUGUAACCGCUGAUUCUUAAAUACAGCGCAUAGACACUUCAUAAAGCUCAGGCUUCUAUUGGGAGGGCACCAUACACCAUCAUGUGUCUCAAGACUACAAUCCCAUGUUUUAGGAAUGCUGCUGAAUCACACUAAAAACCUAAUUUAGCAUUCUGCUCCUAGAAUGAGCAACCAGAUCCCACAAGCAGGCCAGUUGUGGACCUCAGCAAAUGCGAUCAAGAGGGUUCACACCAUUUUCAAGGGAACUUUAUAGACUCACUGAAACCCAUUACAUUGAAAAAACAUUUGAAAAUAGUGCGAAUCCAAAGCAUGCAUGGCCUGAUUGGUAGCAGUUUUUCUUCACUGGCCUUUGGAAUUUUUUUUCUCCCAAUUUUUUCUCUUGCCGAAGAGGGAGAUGGGAAAAGUUUCCUCUGUGUGAGAUGCUUGGCUGGCUAAGGUCAGUGCAGAGCUGUCUGUGUGUUUGGAUUAAAAUUCCCAUCAUUCCUUACUUAGCCUUGGUUAGUACUGCUUACCCACCUGAGAGGGGAAGGUCAACAACUAGAGAAGAUGGUUCCUACCCCAAUUUUAGAAGGAGGACGACUAAGGAAAGCCUUAUUCUUUGUGAAAAAUUGCUCUCCCACACAUUUCCAGAACUAUCAAACUGGGGAAGACCAAUUUGGAACACGUAGAAGAAUGACUACCUGUACUGUGGAAUCUGAUAGUUGCCUUUGUCUUACAGCAGCUACCCAAAAUAUGAUGAAUGAGUCUCCUUAUCCCUUAAAAUGUGCUUUACUGCUAUGAGGAAUUUCUCCAUAUGCUAUAGAAAGCAAGGGUUAUAAAUAUUCUAUUAAUGCAAGUUUCAAAUACAAAAUUGUUGGGGUUAAAAAAGUAAGAUAUUUGUACCAUCACUUGGAUACUGCCUACGGUAGCAAAUAUGCCUGCAACAGUAAUAUACUUGAUCAUGAAAGAUAUGGUAUCCAUUCUCAAAGGUUUGGAAUCUUGGGAAUUGUAGUCCUCUCUCAUAGUUGGGGAAGGUUAAAGGGACUUCUAAUGGAUGAAACAUUGGAUUUUAUUCUGAAUGCAAGCAUAUCCUUUACUUAAGUGAUUUGGUGCUAUCUUAAUGAAAGGGCUGUUGCCUUAAUCUUUGGUCUCUAUUUAGGGCAGCAUUUUCCCCAGCUGCCCUAAAUAGUGGCAGGUCGUUAUCAAGAAGGCAUAUGAACCUCACCCAAGACUCGGCAUUCAGAAGAAUUUGCAAAGCCAGUCUAGUUUGGAACUAACACAGCAAAAAAAAUGGCUAGCUAGUCUUUUUUAGAGCUACAGUGAUAUACAGGAGGUAUGAGCUUUCCUGAGAUUCUUGGGAAGUGGAAGAGCUGUGUAUCACCAACCUAACAAUGCAAAUAUUGUUCAAAGCACUGGAAUUUCUUUCAGCUGUUUUAUUUGGAUAUUUUUAAGCAAUGUUUUGAUUUUCUCCUGUCCCUUAAAACAGAUGUUGCAAAUCCCAUAUCCCCUGGUUUGCUGGUUGGUCCCUUCUUGUCUAAUGUGUAGAUACAGAGAAAUGUGGUACAAGACAAAAUAAGCUAAAACACACAGAUUGUCCUUGAGGUAGUCUUAUUAAGCUUAUAUGGCUGUCCGUCUAUCAGAAGGAAUUAUGGGCAGCAGACAGGAAUCAAAACCACAAUAUUAAUUAAAACAUUUAAAGCAACACUGAGGCCCUGAUUAAACUUGCAUCCCUCAACCAUACCAUCCACGUCCCAGCCCCAUUGCCUGAGAGAAAAGCCAGGGUCUUCACUGCUUUCUGAUGGCCACCAGAAUUGGGGCCAGCCAUAUUUCUGAGGUGAAGCUGUUCCAUAAGGCAAGCGCCAUGACAGAAGGCACAGGGAAGACUACUAUUGCAGUCUUUCUCAUAGGUUGAUUUCCAGAUGUGCUGGGUUACAGCUGUCAUCGCUGAACAAGAUCAUUGGGCAGGUAGGCUGAAGAUGACUGGUUUAAUCUAUAUCAUGCAGAGACAGGUAGAUAGGUAAAGCUGAAAUUGCACUGCAAUGAUUGUUAACAGAAUGAAUGGGAGGAUGUAUGCAAUGGAGAAAAUUUGUUUUGAUAUUUACAGGGAAGAUAAAUACAGAAUUCCCUUUCCACAUUCUUUUAAGCAUUUUAGUCACUGAUCAACAUCACAUUUCCAGAUAAUGAUACAUGAUGUUGGGAGGGGGUGGGGGGAGACUAUAAGUAAUUGGAAGGAGCCCUGUUUAAAGCCCUAGAGAGCUGGUUUGGUCUAAUGGUUAAGGCAUCAGGCUAGAAAGCUGGAAACAGUUCUAGUCCCAAUGUAGGCAUGAAAGCUGGCUGGGUGACCUUGGGCAUGUCACUCUCUCAGCCCAACUCACUUCAAAGGCUGUUUGUUAUGGGGGAAAUAUGAGGAGGAAGGUGUGUUGGAUUGUUUGCCACCUUAUUUGUAAAAAAUAGUAAAGGCAGGAUAUAAAUAAACAUUUUUUAAAAAAAAAUACUAGGAUGCAUCGAAUGUCAUUUUGUUGGAAUUAUCUAGUUGCUCCACCCGUCGAGAGAUCCUGAAAGUUUUAAGACUUGCACCUUGUGGAAUAUUUAAUCCUUUUGAUCUGUGAGUUAAAACUUGAUUUCAUUGUACUUUCAGUCCCAACUGAGGGUGCCUACCUUUGCUUCUCUUUGCGGUUCAUGUUUGUUUGUGAUACUCCUUUGAAGUAACUUAUUUAUGGUUAGGUUGUUGGCGAUGGUAUAACUUCUUUGUUGCUGAAUCAUGUGAGACUGGUUAGUUUAUAAAUACAUUAAAAUAGCAAGAAGGGCAAAAGAAUACUCAAGGCAAAAUAUAUUUGCAUGUUUAAAUGUGUCAGGGCACAGAACUUUAGACCUAGCAUGUUGAGUCCUGAAACAGCACUAUGAAGUACAGGGCGUCUGUAGAAUCUGCUAUGACUUUAGAUGUCUUUUUUAACAGGAAGGCAGCAUGGCAAAGACAGUCUACCCACAGAUGUUCACCAGAAUGGUAAAAUAUAAUCACCCAGUGGAGGGUGAUCAUUUCUCCAAAUGCCAGAUUGUUGUGACUAAGGCUAGAAGCACUACCUUCUAACCAGCAGAUGUUUGCAUUCUGGUGAAAUAUACCCUUUAAAAAGUCCCAGACAAACUCUACUACAGUAAUGGAACUUUUCACUUCCUUUCCUUUUCUUUUCUCCCACUUCCCAUCCAAGUUUUGACUGUAGAUAGUAAGCAAAUUGCAAAACUAAAUAUACUACUGGGGGGGAAAGUACACAUUUUCUCAUGCAUGGCCCUACAGAGUUAAAUUAUAAUCAAAGUAUACAUAAAUAAGCUUGGUUCUUAUGAAGCAAAGCUUCUUCACCUGCUGUUUUAACAAUUACAGCUAUGGCUUUGUAGCUGGCAAAACUUCCAGUCUCCCUUCCCCGCAAAAGUCCACACACAGGCAGAAGAGGCAGAACAAAAGAAUCAGAGGUUCUUUUAUUUCAAGAAGAAGUCUUCUUAAAAUUAUGUACAAUCGGGGUUCAGAAGAGCAGCAUGGGACUGCAGGCAUCAGAGCUGGGUUCCAGGAUCUCACCCAGUGAGGAACAAAGCAAGGGAGAAAUGGAAGGGGUGGUUUGGAGAGCACUCACACUCAUGUAAAAUAAGUUUCCCCCAAGAGGGGAAGAACAGACUGAGAUAUCCUAAGCAGGUUCCUCUCUGCUCCAUGCUGAGGAACAGCAUCUAGAUCCACCAUCACCCUCCACACAUGCCUGCUAACACACAGGAAGAUGAGAGUUUCAUUUUACUGAUCCUUCUUGUAAGAUAAUUCCAACUGCUGCUAUCCCUUGCCUCCCAAACUCCUUUUGCCUCCUCUUCAGACAUUUCCCUGGCACCCAUCCCACAUGAAUCCCGACAACCAGCUACUGACCAAAAUGAAAAUCGUUGCCAAAAUAUAUUCUUCAGUUCAACCCAAGAAAGACCCUGGCCUGUUGAUCAGGCUAAAUGGGACUGUUGAAGGGCCAAGGUCAUCUAAGCACCAUUUCCACCCAAGCAGAGAUACUUGUGAGACAAGAAGGGUGGUUCCUUUUUGUUGGGCAAAGAACAGGCAGGAAACCCACCCUCAGAUAUGUC